ACGAAUUUCAAGUGAAAGAAACUCCAAUUACCAGUGCAGCACCCAAAAACAGACUGGCAACAGAAGCCACAAGCGGAACAAGUGAAUUACAAAAUUACAGCAGCACGGAUUGCGCAAGAUUACAAAGAAUCCAGCAGACUAUAAAAGCACCAUAGACAGCUUCAACGGAAGUUAGAUAAACGGAAGCAAUGGUCAACUAUCUACACCACUUGCAGCAGCUGCUUCUGCUGCUGUUCCUGCUGGGCAUGCUGGAAAUCGGUUUGGCCCACGAGGAUCACCAGUCGGAUACACUGCAUCGCAGCAAGCGUACUCUGACAACUAUCUGUGUGGAGAUCAAGCCCAGUGGGCCGCAGGAAGAGCCCUAUUUCAUGUGCAGGGGCACGGAUUUCUCACGUGGCAAUAAUGCUGCAACCGCAACAGCAACUGCAACAGCGGAUCAGCCGCAACCGAUACCGUAUUAUGCACAGCCAGCUGGACAAGCGAUGCCAAUAAAUGUACAGUAUGCAUCGGUGCCAUUUCCAUCGUUUCCCAGCUUUGGGGCUGGGUUUCUACCAAUUCUGCCCAGCUAUGAGGAGGCACCCAAAGCGUCGCCAUAUCAGAGUCAAACGCCAGCAGUUGAAACCCAGUUUGGAUCCACUGCUGCUGCCAUUGCGCCUGCGCCUGUUGCGCAGUCAUAUGGCCUGCCAGCAGUUCCUUACCCAGCUGCAGCAGGCCCAGCAGCAGCUAAUCGCGGAACUGCAGUUGGCCCAAGCGCAGCGCCCGCGCCCCCUCCAUAUGCUGAUGCACCGCCUCCGAAUCCGACGGCAGCGGCACACAAAUCCCAGCCAGCGUCAAGCAAGGGUCAAUCCUAUGAUGCCCUAGUGGGCAGUCGUUAUCGCGCUGCACCCGGCGAUGAUGUGAUGAACAUGCCGGAUUUGGGCUUUCGCCUCGAGGAGCUACAGCGGCGUCCCAUGGAGCCCAUGGUGGGUGCUGCACCGCCCAUGACAUGGACGCGGCGGCCACAACAAUUGCCCGUCCAAUAUGAGGAUGAUCCCGUUAUGCGCACCUUCUAUGCCAGUCAGGAGCACUACGAUCCGCAGAUGGCUCAAGCGGUGCCCAUGGAGCAACUGGUGGGACAGGCAGCGCCCGCCUAUCCACCCGCCUAUGCGGUUGCACCACCAAUACCAGGAGUUGUUGCACCACCACCGUCGCAGCCACCCGUUCCACCCGUUCCAGCUUACACAGAGAAUUCAAAGGCUACCACUGCUCCGGAUGGCAACAAUGCCUGCAAUUCGUGCAAUCGCCCCUGCUCCACUUCGGACUCGUACAAUGCGGUACCUGCUCAUUGUCCCAGCUUUCAGCCGGUCAUCAUAGCCAUGCCCUGCUAUGGCCAACAACAGCCCACACAUUAUCUGGCCGUGCCUGGCUCGGGUGCACCAGCUCCGCAACGUGAGCAGAUGCUAGGGAGUGCAUUUGGAGCACCACCAUUUGGCAUGGCAACGCCAGGCCUGGGUUCACCGUUUGGCAUGUCGCCACAUUUCGGGAUGCCUUCGCCGCAGGUGGGCUCCUCCUUUGGCAUGGCGCCGCAAGUGGGUGCUCCGUUUGGCAUGGCACCGGUGCUGAAUCCCUUUGGGCCCUUUGGCAAUCUGAAUCCGUUUAAUCCCUUUAAUAGAAUACUGGGAGCAGCUGCGCCAACGGCUCAACAGCCACGAAUGCGACUAUUUGGUGCACCCCAAGAGGCAACAACUGCCACAACAGUAACCUCACCAUCAGCCACAUUAUUUCCCAAAUCCUUUACACUUAAUUUCUCCAGCAGCACUUUAGCACCACCUACAAAAAUCAGCACGGAGCCAAAUGAGGCAAGUGUUGGUGCUACCAAUGAUCCAGAUGGAAACCAAAAAGAUAAAGACGAUGAAGACGACGAUGAUAAUGAUGAUGAUGAUGAGGAGGAGGAGACUGGAUCACAGGAAGUCACUGAUGCUCCACGUUCCUCGGGCACAACUGCAGACGUUGAUGCUUCUCUAGAUGCUGAAGUCUCCAAGUCUCUGGAAUCAAAGAAUCUCUCGGCCGAUCAGCUAUUAAACAAGGGAGAAAGUAAACUCAAAGUCGACAAACGCAAGCGGCAAAAUUCUCGCUUUGGUGGCAAUAACACCUCCCAAAAACGCAAAUAUCUUCAGCGAUUGUAGUUCUUAACUAAGUAUUACUUUAAGUAAGCUUCUAAUCUGUGCAGCAAAUCAUAAACUAAUCAUCAAUAAAGCUAAUUAUUUGUUUACCCC